UCGAUCUCUUCAGAGAUGGCAGACCCUUUCUGUGCUGGAGGGGGCCGCCGACUCCCGGGGCCUAGCAAGAGUGGGCGAGACAGCGGCCCACAGCGGAAUGAGGUCCGACUCCCUUCUCUGCAUGAGACACAGAAGCUGGGGAUGCCCAUGGCCAGGAGUGGGCAGACUGUACCCAGCCAGGUCCCCCUGUGCUUUGAGCCAGGAAGUACAGCCAGUGACAGGACGGAAGGCAAGAAGAAGGGGAGACCGAAAGCCGAGAACCAGGCACUCCGGGACAUCCCGCUCUCCCUGGUGAACCAGUGGAAAGAUGAGUUCAAGGCACAUUCGAGGGUGAAGUGUCCAAACUCAGGGUGCUGGCUGGAGUUCCCAAGCAUCUAUGGACUCAAGUACCAUUAUCAGCGGUGUCAAGGGGGUGCCAUCUCCGAGAGGCUGACCUUCCCCUGCCCCUUCUGUGAGGCUGCCUUCACCUCCAAGACUCAGCUGGAGAAGCACCGCAUCUGGAACCACAUGGAUCGGCCCCUACCAGCCCCCAAGCCCAGCCCCAUCAGCCGACCAGUCCCCAUCAACCGGCCAGUUGGGGUCAGCAAGCCCAUCGGCGUGAGCAAACCAGUGGCUAUUGGCAAACCUGUGGGCGUGAGCAAACCCAUUGGCAUCAGCAAACCCGUGCCAGUCACCAAGGCUGUGCCGGUCAGCAGGCCCGUGCCAGUCACCAAGACUGUGCCGGUCAGCAGGCCCGUGCCAGUCACCAAGGCUGUGCCAGUCAGCAGACCUAUGCCGGUUACCAAGGCUGUGCCAGUCAGUAGGCCUGUGCCAGUCACCAAGACUGUGCCGGUCAGCAAGCCAGUGACAGUCAGCAGGCCCAUACCAGGCUCCAAACCAGUCACCAUCACCAAACCAGUACCGAUGGCAAAGCUUGUGACAGUUCCGAAGCACGUGCCAAUCACAAAGCCGAUGCCAAUGAGCAGGCCCCUGGUGGUCAGUAAGCCGGUGCCAGUCAGCAGGCCCUUGGCCAUCAGCCGGCCCACUCCACCCUGCAAGAUGGUGCUGCUGAGUAGGUCUGAAAACAAGGCACCAAGAACCGUGGGGCGGAGCGGUGGAAAGAAAAGGGCUUCAGACAGCCUGGACGCCUGCCCUAUCCCACCCAAGCAGGCAAGGCCCGAGAACGGGGGGUACGGCCCACCUACCACCAGCCAGAGCUCAACCUUCCUGCUGAGCGUAGACUCCAACAGCGGGCCCCUCUCCCUGGGUGCCAGGCCCUUCGGGGGCAAGGAGGCACCUCGGUCCACAGGCUGUAUUUCCCCGGUGGAAGAAGGCACAGAGCGGACAAAGCACAGAAGGAAACAGAAAACACCCAAGAAGUUUACGGGAGAGCAGCCAUCCAUCUCUGGGACCUUUGGGCUCAAAGGCCUGGCUAAAGCAGAGGACAAGUCCCGUGCCCACCGUUCUAAGAAGCAUGAGGGUUCCGGGUCCGAGGACAUCCGGAAAAAAGUGGUUCCUACCAGCACUCUCAACAAGGAGGCUCUGUCUGCAGUGGCCCACGCGGCACCAGGUGGUCCCGAAGAGUUAUGGCUACAAGCCAUCCACGAGCGGGGGGAGGCCGUGUGCCCCAAUUGCAAGAUGGUCACCCGGAAGACGCUGGCUGGCCUGCAGAAACACAUGGAGGUGUGUCAGAAGCUGCAGGAUGCUCUCAAGUGUCAGCAUUGCCACAAGCAAUUCAAGUCCAAGGCCGGCCUCAACUACCACACCAUGGCUGAGCACAGCACCAAGCCCUCUGACUUAGAGACUGCCGAGAUGAGCGAGCAGGAGGAGCGGGAGCGGCUGCGUAAGGUGCUGAAGCAGAUGGGGCGACUACGCUGCCCCCAGGAGGGCUGUGGGGCCGCCUUCUCCAGCCUCAUGGGCUACCAGUACCACCAGCGGCGCUGUGGCAAGCCGCCCUGCGAGGUGGACAGCCCCUCCUUCCCCUGUGCCCACUGCAGCAAGACCUACCGCUCCAAGGCAGGGCACGACUACCACAUGCGUUCGGAGCACGCUGCCCCGCCCCCUGAAGAGGCCGAGGACAAGCUCCCCGAGGGCGAGGACCUGCUGGGCGUCGAGCGGACUCCCAGUGGCCGUAUCCGCCGCACCUCGGCCCAGGUGGCCGUGUUCCACUUGCAGGAGAUCGCUGAGGAUGAGCUAGCUCGAGACUGGACCAAGCGGCGGAUGAAAGAUGACCUGGUGCCCGAGACCGCCAGGCUUAACUAUACGCGGCCUGGACUGCCCACACUCAGCCCAGAGCUACUAGAGGCCUGGAAAAGCCAAGUUAAGGACCGAGGCCACGUGAACUGUCCCAAUGACUGCUGCGAAGCCAUCUACUCCAGCGUGUCCGGCCUCAAGGCUCAUCUCGCCAGCUGUAGCAAGGGAGACCAUCUGGUGGGGAAAUACUGCUGCCUUCUGUGCCCCAAGGAGUUCAGUUCUGAGAGCGGCGUGAAAUACCACAUCCUGAAGACCCACGCUGAGAACUGGUUCCGCACCUCAGUGGACCCGCCAUCUUCCAAAGCCCGGAGCCAGGAGGCGCUGCCGUCCAGGAGUGAGCAGGGCAGCCCAGCAGGUGGGAGGAAACGCGGCCGCAAGCCCAAGGAGCGGCCACCCGAGGAGACUCCCCCCAAGACGUCUCCGAGCCAGGACGACUGGCCCCCAGGAGGCAGAGACAAGGGGCUGCGGGGUUCCACCAACCGCAGAGUGGGGGCCAGCAAGGCACCUGAGAAGUGAGUGGCCUUCUCACCCACUGCUCUGCCCCCUCCCUGCCUGUCCGUCUGUCCAGUGGUGCCCAGGAAGACAGCUUCCCUCGGCACCAGAGGUUGGCAGCAGCGGUAGGCCCCACAGGAGCUAGGUGAGGGUCUGCAGGUGGGCUGAGCGCAAGGGGCUUUCUGGUCUGUCCUGCCCCCCACCCCUUCCUGCUGGGUCCUCACUUUGUCCCCCAAGACUCGGGUGGGGGGUUCCUGGUGACUGGUGGCCCCAUGCAGCCCCUAUGUGCAGGGCUGGAAACCCAGCACCCCUGCACCCAGCUACCUCCCAGGACAGAUCCUGAGUUUGAGCCCUGCCACUAUGCUUGCUCCCCCCCCCACCUCUCCCCACCCUCCUGCUUCUGAUCUCUACCUCUCCAGGCCCACCUUCCCCUCCCCAAUCCUGCCUGUCAUCACGGUGUGGGGACAUCCAGCCAGUAGUGUUCUACUUCUGGAAACAGCAGGGGCAGAUUGUGUGUAUACCAGGGCAUGGCUGCCAGUCCUGUAAUGAGGGCCACAGGGGGCAUUUUGCUCUCCUCCCGCUUUGCUGAUCCUGCUGGCUGCGUGUGCCCCCCCCCCCCCCACUGGCUGGAGGAAAGGCUCUUCUUCCCCUUUCUUCUGGUUGUGUGAUCUCCACAUGUGGGCUGUGGGGGGGUGACGGAGUGGGCCUGAGUUUGCAGGCCUAAAUGGACCCAGGACACCUGGAGGUGGUAGCAUGCCCUGCAGCCCAAAGGGCAGUGCAAGGAGAGGAAGGGAUGCUGCUACUGGGGGUGGGUAGACAGAGGGCUGGGCCUUGCGACCCUGGACGCUGUGAAGUUUGGUAUUUCCCGUGUGUGUCUCCUGGGUGUAGUAGGUGCCAGUCUUGUUGCUGUGACGAGUACCCUGUUUUUAAUUGUUUGUUUUUUUUUAUAUAUAUACAAAAAAAUACCACAACAAUUAGAUAUUUUGGUGCUAAGGGUUUCCUGGUGCCAAUGGUGGGUCUGGGCUGGGAUCCCUCCCGUGCUCAGGGAGGCACUCUGACUGCACUCCACCCUGCCUGAUGAGCAUCCUGGCCCUGCCUAGGUGGAGGGUCAGUACCAGGGACCCGAAGACCCUACCCACCCUCUGUGGCCCUGGUCUAAUGUGCUGGGAGGGGUGUGGAACCCCUCACCCCGACAUUCCUUGACUUGAUCAAAGGGCAGAGUAGGGGUUGACUGGGGGCCAGAAGUCCCUUGGAUGGCAUGGGCAGCCUGAGGUUGGAGGACCUCCUUGGUUCUGCAGUCACCAUGGGGUACAGCUGGUGGAGCUGGGGACACCCUGUGAGCUCAGCCUUGCAGUGCAUGUCCUCAUCACCCACUGGAGUGAGGGUGGACCUCAGCACCUCUGCUAGGGGUGGCCACACUCUCCAGCCUCUCAGGUACUUGGCCCUUAGGGAGCAGGGGGCUGGUUUUGGCUGGGGGUGCGGUUCCAGGUCAUCCCUAAUGACCAUGGAGGGGGCAGGCGUCCUGGUGUGGGAGGAAAUGGGGCCUAGGGAACCUGGCUUUUAGCACUUUAACCCCUUCUCUACCUGCACAGAGAGCUUGGGGAUGCUGCCGGAAAUGAGUGUUGAGUCAGACCCCCCUCUCUGUGUCCUAUAUCUCCCUGCAUGCUCUGGCUAGUACAGGGGUCUAAAUAGCUCCUCCCACUGGU